CAUUCACAGUGCAGGUUUGGAGUCGAUCCAGGAUGCAGUCCUACCUCGCUCUGCUGCUGGGGAUCGUGGCCUCUGCUGCUUCAGUGGAAUGGAGGCGUCCGGUGAUCAAGUUCAACUCUAAGGUGGUGCAGAGUUCUGAGUUGGUGGUCAGACCCGGGACCCCUCUGAAUCUGAGGUGUGAGGGCGACGGACCCGUGAACUGGCAAACGAGGCUCGCCAAACACAGACGCUUCGUGUCCAGGGGCAACGGGAAAGUCCGCACCCUAAAGGUGGAACGUCCCUCUGCAGAAUUUACGGGAACAUACAAGUGUGUUUACACGGCGGGGUCGCAGAAACUCAGCUCCUCAGUGCAUGUGUACGUAAAAGAACCAAACCGUGCAUUCUGGACCAGCAGCACGUCCCUACGGGUAGUGAAGAAGGAGGGUGAGGACCACCUGCUGCCCUGCCUGCUGACCAAUCCGGCAGCCACAGACUUGGGCCUCCGCAUGGACAACGGCACCUCCGUGCCACCAGGCAUGAACUUUACAGUUUACCGGCACCAUGGUAUUCUCAUCCAGAGGCUUCACCCAGGAUUCAAUGCUGACUAUGUCUGCACAGCCAGGGUCAGCGGAGUGGAAAUGAUCUCCAAAGCCUUUUCCAUCUACGUCAUUCAGAAGCUUCGUUUCCCUCCAUACGUACUCUUGGAGACAGAUGAAUAUGUGCGCAUUGUUGGGGAGGAACUCAAGAUUCGCUGCACAACACACAACCCCAACUUCAACUACAACGUCACCUGGAAAUACACCACCAAGUCGAAACCAACAAUCGAGGAGAGGGUUCGCUCUGGUGGAGAAAAUCGCCUGGACAUCGAGAGCAUACUGACCAUCCCUGCUGUGGACCUUACAGACACAGGGAACAUUUCCUGCUUUGGCACUAAUGAAGCCGGGGUGAACAGUUCAUCGAUUUACCUGCUGGUUGUGGACGAUGCCUACAUCAGGCUGCUGCCCCAGCUGUCCCCUAAACUAGCCCAUCAGGGUCUUUCUGUGGAAGUGAACGAGGGAGAAGACCUGGAGCUGACCGUGCUCAUUGAAGCAUACCCAGAGAUUACAGCGCACAGAUGGCACACCCCAACACCUCCCAACACGUCCACACAGGAGCACAAGCUCAUCAGAUACAACAACAGAUACCAUGCUACGCUAAAGCUUAAGAGAAUGAAUGCACAGGAGCAGGGGAUAUACACCUUCUAUGCCAAGAGCGACUUGGCCAAUGCAUCCAUCACAUUCCAAGUCCAAAUGUAUCAGAGACCUGUUGCUGUGGUGAGAUGGGAGAACACAACCACCCUCACCUGCACCUCAUUCGGCUAUCCUGCCCCCAAAAUCAUCUGGUACCAGUGUUUUGGGAUACGGCCUACGUGCAAUGAAAACACCACAGGGCUGCAGCUGGCGAUCCCUCUCCAGGCUCCCACCGUGGAGGUCCAGAGGGAGGAGUACGGGGCUGUGGAGGUGGAGAGCGUCCUCACUGUGGGGCCAUCCAGCCGGAGGAUGACUGUCGAGUGUGUGGCCUUCAACCGUGUCGGCGUCAGCAGCGACACUUUUGCCAUGGAGGUUUCUGAAAAACUCUUCACCUCCACCUUGACUGGAGCAGCAGGCAUUCUGACUAUCCUCCUUGUGCUACUGGUUUUUCUGUUAUACAAAUAUAAGCAGAAACCCAGGUAUGAGCUCCGCUGGCAGAUCAUUGAGGCAAGAGAUGGAAACAACUACACCUUCAUUGACCCCACUCAGCUGCCUUACAAUGAGAAGUGGGAGUUCCCAAGAGACAAGCUGAAGCUAGGCAAGAUCCUGGGCGCAGGAGCUUUUGGAAAGGUGGUUGAGGCCACAGCCUACGGUCUGGGAAUAGAAGACAAUAAAUUGCGUGUAGCUGUGAAAAUGUUAAAAGACAGUGCCCAUUCAGAUGAAAGGGAAGCCCUGAUGUCUGAACUGAAGAUCCUGAGUCACCUGGGACACCACAAGAACAUCGUCAAUCUCCUGGGAGCCUGCACCUAUGGAGGACCAGUGCUGGUGAUCACAGAGUACUGCAGCCUCGGCGACCUCCUGAACUUCCUUCGCCAGAAGGCAGAGACGUUUGAGAAGUUUGUUAUGAGCAUCCCCGACAUUACGGAGGGCUCUAAUGACUACAAGAACGUCUGCAUGGAGAGACAGUUUAUUAGAAGUGACAGCGGGAUCUCCAGUACAUUUUCAAGCAGUUACUUAGAGAUGAGACCUAGCAGGGUGCCCAAUAUGGAAUCAUCUACAGACUGUGUGUGUGAGGAGACAGGUGACUGGCCGCUGGACAUUGACGACUUGCUGAGAUUUUCCUUUCAAGUGGCUCAUGGCCUUGACUUUUUGGCUGCCAAAAACUGUAUUCAUAGAGACGUGGCUGCUAGGAAUGUCCUCUUGACUGAUCACAGAGUUGCCAAGAUAUGUGACUUUGGCCUGGCACGGGACAUCAUGAAUGACUCCAACUAUGUGGUGAAGGGCAAUGCCCGUCUGCCAGUGAAGUGGAUGGCUCCAGAGAGCAUCUUUGACUGUGUCUACACCGUCCAGAGUGACGUCUGGUCCUACGGCAUCCUCCUGUGGGAGAUCUUCUCUUUAGGCAAGAGCCCGUACCCCAGCGUGGCUGUGGACUCCAGGUUCUACAAGAUGGUGAAGCACGGCUACCAGAUGUGCCAACCCAACUUCGCCCCGGCUGAGAUCUACACGAUCAUGAAGAUGUGCUGGAAUCUGGAGCCCACAGGGCGUCCGACGUUUAGCAAGAUCAGUCAGAUGAUAGAAAGAUUACACGGGGAGCAACCCGAGCAAGGGCGGCUUAUCUACCAGAAUUUGCAGCAGCAGGUCACGGAAGGUGAAGUGAGUGAAGAGCCCAAGUGCUGUGCCGGCCCCUGUGACCAGUCUUGUGACCACAGAGAAGAGGAGCUUCCUCUGAUGAAGACUAAUAACUACCAGUUUUGUUGAAAUCCCGAGCAUCAGCAAGCAUCAGAAAGUGGGAGCAGCUGUAGUUCGUGGCCAGAGAACCACAGCUGGUUCUUCUAGCCGCCAGGCAGUCGCAGAGAGUUGCCUUCACAGCUAUUUUCUGCCUGCUGUGUUUGCUCGCCAGCCAGACAAGCAGCUGCAGCAAGCAUGUGACUUGCUUCUUUGCAGACCAUGACUAGUAAUGACCACGUCUAGGAGGAAGAGGAGGAAACAUGUCAACAAACUGCACAAGCGUCCAAAGCUGUGCCAUAUCCUAAACAUCGCUCCUUCUGAUAUGUAUUUGAGGUAUAAUCUGUUAUCCAAAGGAGAAUGUGUGCGUGUUCUUAAUGAUGUAUUGUGCACUGUGUUUAUUCCUAUUUCAUAUUACUUCCUCAUGAUUGUCAUUGUUGAGAUUUCAGCCACAUUUGUCAGCAGGUUCAAUUUUUGUAUGGUUUCUCAGACGAAGCAACACAAGUCACAAAUACUACGUGACUGCUCAACUUUAUGCGCUCCAGACAAGUUAGGUUUUAUUCUCUGAUCACCUUACAGUUCUUCGACUUCUAAACAGAGCUAGUGUGUGUUUUAAUAUGCUGAAUCAACCAUGGAGAGGCAAACAAUGACCAUGUUGUUUUCCUCUCUGUGCUUUGGUCAUAGCUGUAUUUCUUGAGACACACUUAAUGCAGCUGUAAGUCGGAGGAAACAUGUGAUUGUUCCACUUCAACUUAAUACAUUAAGCAGUGCUCUGUGUGAUGUAGGAGCAGGAAAUACAACACAUCUGUGGAUCUCUUGUGGAUGAGACAAACAAUGUUACAUGACAAUGUGAAACCCUUUUUUUUCUUCUUUUUAGGAGCACAACUUAAUCUUAAUUUCCUGUAGAAUAAGACGAGUGUUAGGAAGUAAACCUCACAUACGCCUAUAAUGUAGCAGUCAGCCUACACUGCCAACUGUUUGAAGACUUUAGAACAACAUGUCUGCCAUGUGAGCGACACACACUGCCAAUCUGGAUGACUCCAGGCCUUGCAUACGAGUGAAUCAUGAGUGACAUGUCAGAUAUUGUAUAUAUCUCAUCAUGUAAAUCAAGAAUUAUCUUUAUAUUUGCUGGAAUUUUGUAGAGUAUAUGGUAGUUCAUCAGUAUGUCAUGUUGUGUGUUUGUUGUGUGCAAAUGAGGCAAUCAGUGCAAAAGCUGCAAAUUAAAUCACUGAAAAACUACAGAGGCUUUGAAUGAAGCUUUACCAUUUAAAUUUCAGAAUGUAACGUUUUUAUAUACUAAGAGAUUAUGAUAUUUUAUAUGACAGCUAUUUUGAGUUUUUCUUUGUUGUACCUCACUGAGCUUUACUGUCUUUAUGUUUGUCUCUCCUCACUUCCCUUUUUGUAUUGGAUAACGUCCACUCUGUAUUUCCUCUGGAACAUUUCCCACAGUAUCUGUCAACAUUGCAACUCCGACAUCUUUGGAGGGAAGUAUUCAUCCCGCCGCCGAGAUUACGGAAAGUCUAAGUGCUUUUUUCCCGUUGUGUGGUUUCAGCUAAAAUCAUAUUUUGUUUUGAAGGAGCCGACCACUUAUGGACACUUCUAUGGUUCAUUUUGAACAAGUCUCUGUUUAGUUCUCCAUCAAGAAACUAAAAUAUUACAAAGUUUAAGUAAAGCAUGUGCCUUUGUUGCUCUGCACGCGUGUCUUCAUCUGUUCUUUCCUUCAGUUGCCUCAGAAGGAUUUAUUUCUAAUAACUGUGGCAUUUUGUCGUCAUCAUGUCGAUAAUCUUAUCAGCGACAGACAAAAAACGAAUAUUCCCGGGCUUUAUGUCGACGUUUCUCCUCAAAAUUCAGUUUUUCAGGAAUGUAAAGUACAAAUCCUGAACUAAAUUGUACUGCGCUACAAUAAGUGAAGAUUUAGACUGUAAAAUGUAUGUGUUUUGUUGGUGGUUCACUGUAAUUUGAAUGAUGUUAAUUCAAUUAUGCCAAUCUGUUGAAGUUUCUUGAGAAUAAAAAAAAAAUUAAAAGUCAA